CGCACUCAAUCCAGCAACCAUGACAAAGCAUCAUCUGUAGUCACCAAGUUCCGGUAAGCCAUUGACUCCCGUACACAGACAUUGACAAAUUCUCCAUGAUGGGCGGAGGACCAGCCAAGGACACGCUCCUCGCAGUGCUUCCCUUUCCCGAGCCCAAGGACAUCACACAGCACUUGACCCAAAAGUUCCCAGGUCUCGAUAUCAAUUGGAUCGAGGUGACCUUCAGCAACGAUACCCAAGAACUCAAAAAACGCGUUCCAAAGGAGCUUUGGCACUCUGCCACCAUCCUCAUCACGUUCAAUGUCAUCCCGGAGCCAGACGAAGUGCCAAACCUCGAACUGAUUCAUCUGGUCUCUGCUGGAAGUAAUCAGGUGCAGAACACGGAUAUCUACAAAGACACAAAAAUCACAAUCACCACGAGCAGCGGCAUCCACGGGCCGCAGAUCGCAGAAUGGGUGUGGUUGACUGCGUUGGUACACAGCCAUAGCUACAACCAGCUAUACGAGCUGCAAAAGAAGCGGGUAUGGGGCAGCAAAGGAGCUGAAUACAACAAUGUCCGAGAUUGGGUCGGUCAACGGAUAGGGGUCCUCGGAUAUGGCUCGAUUGGCAGACAAGUGGGCAAAGUAGCGAAAGCAAUGGGUAUGGAAGUCGUGGCUUUUACUGCUACGCCCAAGGACACUCCUGAGAAGAAGAAGGACCAUGGCUUCAUCGUCCCUGGCACAGGAGAUCCAGAAGGUGAGGUGCCAGUCGAGUGGUUCUCUGGUCUCGAGAAGGAGAACCUGCACAACUUUCUCAAGCAGGAUCUCGACUGGCUUGUCAUCUCGGUACCAUUGACUGAGCAGACGCGACAUUUCCUGAGUAAGGAAGAGUUCAAAGUGCUCAGUCAGAAUGGCAAGAGGCCGGCCUUUGUCACCAAUAUUGCUCGUGGGCCGAUUAUAGACCAGCCGGCGCUCAUCGAAGCGCUGAAGGACGGAACAUUAUCAGGUGCAGCACUUGAUGUGACAGAUCCAGAACCUUUGCCCGAAGAUAGUGAGCUCUGGGGGCUGAAGAACGUGAUUGUCACACCACAUGUCAGCGGAAAUGGUGUUGCAUAUACCGAGAGGACGUUCAAGGUCCUCGAGCAGAAUCUUGAGCACCGCGAACAUGGCGAGCCGUUGAUCAAUGUCGUGAGGAGAAGUAGAGGUUAUUAGAAGUUCUAGAAUCAAAGAAAUCACGAUCAAAUACCUCGUAUGUGGAUCUGAUGC